AUGAAGAAGCUUAAUACCGGGGAAACGUUAUGUCACUUACCAGGGGUAUCGUGUUAUUAUCAUCUGAAGAGAAAAGGAAAAUCGAUACUUCUUGGUUUUGGUUUUGUCCUUGGAGCUUCGACUCUUGUCCUAACAGUCAUUAGCUUCAUGUUUCCUUCUAGUUUUCCACAUUGGCAGUACUAUCUGAGUGCGAGUAGUAUAAAUUCAACUACUAGUAAUAUUUUUGAGGGGCAAUGGGUAAUGGUCAAUGAUCGGAAACAGUAUUAUCCUCCGGGUUCCUGUCCUUACCUCGAAAGAGAACACGCUUUCGAUUGUUACAGUUAUGGGAGACCUGAUAAUGAGUACCUACAAUGGCAAUGGCAGUGGAAAUCUCACCAAAUAAAUGCAGAGGGCAGCAAUAGUAUACCCAGCUUCCUCUGGUUUCUUAUUUUUAAUCCAGGACUACAAUGUACCAUAGCAUUUGUGUGGUCUGCAUUUCUGGUUACUCAAUGCAAGCUAUUAAAACCGGAACAAGAGACUCUAAGACUGGACUUGAUUGACGAUGGAGCAGCAUCCGCAUAUCGUGAUGCUGAUAUUCUUGUUUUUAACUCAUGCCAUUGGUGGGUUGGAGGAAAAAUUAACAAAGGGAUUAACUUUUUCCAAGAAGGCGAUUACUUGUAUCCAGAACUAGAUAUAAAUAAAGCAUAUGGCAAGGCCCUUACUACUUGGAGUAAAUGGAUUGACGCGAACAUUGAUUCUAAGAAAACCCAAGUUGUUUUUAGAGGAAUUUCACUUACUCAUUUUGCAGGAGGAUGCAAAUUAGCUACAAAGCCAAUCCCGAGCAAUGAAACGUACAUUAAGCCGUUUGCGUUACAGUCAAAAACACUAGAAGACACUCUUCGAAGAAUGAAGACCCCUGUUUUGUUUCUGAACAUCAGUAAACUGACAUAUUAUCGAGCCGACGCUCACCCUUCUGUUGUGGUUAUGGAUUCUUCCAAUGCAUCCAAUUCGAACACCUCAAACACUGCAUGUGGAUCAAUGCUGCCUCAAUCCUCUACUCAGACUCAAAAUAAAGAUCCAUCAUGGAAAUGGGCUAAAUGUAAAGACCCUGCAUUUCCUAAGAAACUAAGUUGUGUACUUUGUAACAAAGAAAUGCGUGGUGGUGGAAUUACUAGGCUUAAGGAGCAUAUCACACAAAUCAGGGGGAAUGUUUCUUCAUGUUUGAAAGCAUCAGCUGAAGUUAUAAAUGAAAUUAGACUAGCUGACAAUAUAAAGAAGUUAAAGAAAUCUCACAGGGAUGAUGUUGAUGCUAUGUAUCGGCGUACAAAAUCUGAUGAGAAGUCUGAUGCUGAUACUGAUAAUGAGGACCUUGAUGUGCAAGAAGUUGAAAAGGUUUCCAAUGUGGGCAGUGCUAGUGGUAGUCAAGAAGUUGUUCAGAGUCAGAGGAAGAGAAAAUUCAAGAGACAGAGUAAUUAUAGGGGUCCAAUAGAUUUACUCAUGCAGACAGACCACCAUAAAACUCAGCAAGCCACUCUUGAAAGAAACAGUUCAGCGAAAGAGAAGUUACUGAAAGAUGCAUGGAAAAGCAUUUCAGCUUGGAUGACUGAGAAUUCCAUAUCUUUUAAUACUGUUCGUUGUCCAAGUUUCCAAGAAAUGAUAUAUGCAAUUGGUGAAUAUGGGAAAGCUAUGCCCGCGCCAUCUUACCAUCAGAUUCGUACAAAUCUUUUCAAGGAGCAGUUAGAAGAAAUGAAGAAGUUUGUUGAUACAUUUAGGGUACAUUGGAAGAGGUAUGGAUGUUCUAUUAUGUCCGAUGGUUGGACAGAUGGGAAAAAGCGACAUCUUAUCAACUUCUUGGUGAAUUGUCCGAAAGGGUCAGUUUUCUUGAAGUCUGUGGACGCGUCAGAUAGAACCAAUGAUGCUGAUUUCAUACGUGAGCUUGUAAAGGAGGUAAUUAAUGAUGUUGGGAAAGAAAAUGUGGUUCAGUUCAUUACCGAUAAUGGUUCAAACUUUAAAAAGGCUGGGAAGGAUUUAAUGCUUGAAUACCCAAAUCUAUUUUGGACUCCUUGUGGUGCUCAUUGUGUCCAGUUGAUGCUAGAAGAACUUGGUGACAAGCUUACACGAAUCAGGACAGCCGUCAUUCUAGGUAAAAGACUUGUUACAUACAUUUAUGCUCAUUUUCAAGUGUUGUGCUUGAUGAGGAAGAUGACAGGUGGAGACUUACAUAGGUCUACAAAGACUAGAUUUGCAACUCAGUAUUACACACUAGAAAGUCUUCAAAAGUAUAAAAAUCCUUUACAAAUGAUGUUUGUGAAUGAUAGGUGGGCAAAAAGUAGAUUUGCAAAAGAAAAUGUUGGAAUUAAUGCACUUAAAAUUGUUACAAGUAGUACAUUUUGGGAAGAUGUUGAUUACUCUUGUAGUGUGUUGAAGCCUUUAGUUAAGGUUGUAAGGCUAGUGGAUAUCGAGCGCAAACCUACGAUGCCUUGUUUUUAUGAUGCAAUGAGAAUAGCAAGGGAUCAAUUAGAGAAGAAUUUCAGCGAAGAUUAUGAUACUUGGGCUGUAAUUAAUGCUUGCUUUGAGAAAAGAUGGAAGAAAAACUUCAAUCAUGCUCUACAUUGUGCUGCAUAUUAUUUGAAUCCAUCCAUAUUCUACAAUAUUGAAACUUAUGAAAUGGAUAGUAAUGAAAAAUGA